UUUUAUGUUUUUUAUUUACCGUUAACCGUUGGGAGCUUUUGAAAUGCAAAGGCUCGUCAAGACCGCCAUUUUUACCGCCAACAGAAGAGAAGCAGAGCAGAGCUGCUUGGCGCUCCUCCAAGGGUGCGACGCCGUUUCAAAGCUCUCCCAGAUCCACGCCCACGUUUUGAAAUCGGGGCUCCAAAACAAUCCGCUUGUACUCACCAAGUUCGCCGCCACGGCCUCCGACCUUAAAGCCAUCGACUACGCCUCCUCCUUCCUCUUCUCCGGCGACGCCGAUACGCUUUACGAUUCGUUCCUCUUCAAUACUGUAAUUAGAGCUUACGCGCAGACCAGCCAUGAAAAGCAUAAAGCUUUGUGCUUUUACAAUGUUAUGGUUCAAGGUUCUGUUUUGCCUAAUAAAUUCACCUACCCUUUUGUCCUCAAGGCCUGUGCUGGAAUUGGGGACUUGAAUUUGGGGAAGUCGGUUCAUGGGUCGGUGGUGAAAUUCGGGUUCGAUGCCGAUGUUCAUGUUUGUAACACUAUGGUUCAUAUGUAUAGUUGUUGUGGAGGAGGGAUUGAGUUUGCCCGGAAGGUGUUUGAUGAAAUGCCCAAGUUGGACUCUGUUUCAUGGAGUGCGAUGAUUGGCGGGUAUGUGCGUGUGGGGUGGUCGACGGAUUCAGUUGAGUUGUUUAGGGAAAUGCAGAUGGCGGGAGUUAAGCCGGAUGAGAUAACUAUGGUCUCCGUUCUGUCUGCGUGUACGGAUUUAGGUGCACUUGAGCUUGGGAAGUGGGUUGAGUCUUACAUUGAGAAAGAAGGGAUUCAUAAAUCUGUGGAGCUUUGUAAUGCGCUCAUCGACAUGUUUGCAAAGUGCGGGAAUGUGGAUAAAGCUUUGAAAUUGUUUAGAAACAUGAGUGGGAGAACAAUUGUUUCUUGGACUUCUGUGAUUGAUGGUCUGGCAAUGCACGGCCGCGGAAUGGAAGCCAUUGCUUUGUUCGAGGAAAUGAUUGGGACUGGGGUAGCACCUGAUGAUGUUGCUUUCUUAGGGUUGCUUUCUGCGUGUAGUCAUUCUGGGCUAGUUGAAAAGGGUAAGAGGUACUUCAGUUCAAUGGUAGAAAAGUUUCAAAUUGUACCUAAGAUAGAACACUAUGGAUGCAUGGUGGAUAUGUUUUGCAGGGCCGGACAUGUCAAAGAAGCAUCGGAGUUUAUCCAAAAGAUGCCGAUUGAGCCAAACCCUAUAGUCAUGCGAACCCUGAUCAGUGCUUGUCAUGCACACGGUGAACUCAAGCUUGGAGAGAGUAUCACCAAGCAGUUAAUCAGGAGUGAACCUAUGCAGGAGUCAAACUAUGUCCUGCUUUCCAACAUUUAUGCAAAAAUGAACCAUUGGGACAAGAAAACCAAGAUUAGAGAGGCGAUGGACAAGAAGGGGAUGAAAAAGAUCCCUGGGAGCACUAUGAUCGAGCUAGACCACGAAAUUUACGAAUUUGUGGCUGGAGAUAAAUCGCAUAGACAGUGCAAAGAGAUUUACGAGAUGGUAGAGGAGAUGGGGAGGAAGAUGAAGAAAGCUGGAUAUGUUCCCACUACAUCAGAGGUCUUGCUAGAUAUCAAUGAAGAAGAUAAAGAGGAUGCUUUGAAUAGGCAUAGUGAAAAGUUAGCCAUUGCUUUUGCCCUCCUGAAUACGCCUCCAGGAACUCCUAUUCGAAUAGUGAAGAACUUACGAGUUUGCGAUGAUUGCCACUCUGCUACUAAGUUCAUCUCUAAAGUUUAUAAUCGAGAAAUAGUGGUGAGGGAUAGGAACAGGUUUCACCAUUUCAAGGAUGGUAUGUGUUCUUGUAGAGAUUUCUGGUGACAAGCAUAUCAGAAAUGGUUCCAAAUGGGAGCUUAUGAGCAUAUUUUACAAUGAAAAUUCCUUACAAAGAAUGGCAAUUGAUCACAGCCACAAAACAACUUGCUGUUGAACUUGUACUACAACUAGCGGAGGAGCAUACAAUCUGCAUUCAGCUUUUCUAGUCAUAGCAGUUUGUUGACUGUGAGUGAACAGUGAUCAGCUGUAAUCAUCCCUGUGGUCGUAGCACAUCAAAAGGAAAAUGGAAGGAAGCAACCAAGUUGCUCCGGAUGAAACAAAAGCCUCUCAGAUAGCAACCUUCCAUCUAUUCUAUUAUUCGACUCUUUGUAAAGACCUGAACACGCAUUGCAAGUCGUCCUGGAAGUCUGGAACCUUUUCAAGGCAAAUUUGAGACAGAAUUACUUCAACACACCUUGGGCGGCUAUUUCUGUCAGUGCAGCUGUUUUUCUCCUCCUCCUCUUCACGAUCAUGCAAACCGUGUGGUCUGUCAUUUCUAUUACUUAAUCAAUCAGCAGUAAGUCUUUCCUUCUCUGUGUCUAGUCUUGUUUCUUUUUUAUCAACUCUCUCUGUCUAGUCUUUGAGAGAGCAAUCUGUAUUGAGACCCCGAGUAAUUUGUGUACGUACCCGCGUACGUACAUAGAAGUACACGCGUAUCGUACGUCGAAGAGUAAUAGCUCUUUAAUUUUUCUGUGAAAGUUGGCUGUGUGUAUUGAGUGAACAUUUGAAGUAAUAAUUCCACUGCUUGUUUUGUUUGUUGGUUUCA